UUAAUUUAACAUCCAAACAAAAAGUCCGGAGCUUUCCUGAACACUCCACACCCUUUACUUCUCUUCUAUAAUAACACAACACUCCCUUCUCUCUUUUAACGACAAAAAGUUAAAUUCUCUCUUUAACUUUCCACUCAAUUCCUUCGUUCCCACUCAAUUCUUCUUCUUUUUUAAUCCUCGUCCACUCAACUGAAUUCAAUUCCACAUCCUACAAUGGCAGCAGCAACAACAACGGCAUCGUUUAAUGGAGUAAGCGUUUGCCCGCCUCAUCAAACUAACAGAAACACAUUAUUUGCUCAAUCUCUCAAUUUUCCUUCCAAACCCAAUUCUUUAAACUCGCUUAAAUUAAAGAAAAGUCACAGAAAUCAGCAUAGAUUUUCAUUUAGUACGGACUCGACGUCAAAGAGAAAAUCUUUCAUUGUUAGAUGCGAUGGUUCUUCUAAUGGAAGGAUUACUCAGCAGGAGUUUACUGAUAUGGCUUGGCAAGGAAUUGUGUCGUCUCCUGAUGUAGCUAAAGAGAAUAAGCAUCAGAUUGUAGAGACUGAACAUUUAAUGAAAGCAUUAUUAGAGCAAAAGAAUGGACUUGCCAGACGGAUUUUUUCGAAAGUCGGAGUUGAUAAUACUCGGCUUUUGGAAGCUACUGACAAGUUUAUUCAGCGCCAACCAAAGGUUCUCGGUGAAUCUGUUGGUUCAAUGUUAGGACGUGAUUUGGAGGCUUUGAUCCAGCGAGCAAGGGAUUAUAAGAAAGAAUAUAGUGAUUCGUUUGUUUCUGUUGAGCACUUGGUUCUUGCCUUCACUCAGGAUCAACGAUUUGGAAAGCAGUUGUUUAAAGAUUUUCAAAUAUCACUGCCAACAUUAAAAUCUGCUAUUGAAUCAAUAAGGGGACGCCAAUCUGUUAUUGAUCAAGAUCCAGAAGGGAAGUAUGAAACAUUGGAGAAGUAUGGUAAGGAUUUGACAGCCAUGGCAAAAGCAGGAAAACUUGACCCAGUUAUUGGAAGAGAUGAUGAGAUACGUAGAUGUAUCCAAAUUCUUUCUAGAAGAACAAAGAAUAAUCCUGUGCUCAUUGGUGAACCAGGAGUUGGUAAGACUGCAAUUUCUGAAGGGCUUGCCCAGAGAAUUGUACAAGGGGAUGUACCUCAAGCUCUUAUGAAUAGGAAGUUAAUAUCUCUCGACAUGGGUGCUCUAAUUGCUGGGGCAAAAUAUCGUGGAGAAUUUGAAGAUAGACUGAAGGCUGUACUAAAGGAAGUUACCGAGUCAGAUGGGCAGAUUAUUCUUUUCAUUGAUGAGAUUCACACAGUUGUUGGGGCAGGUGCUACAAAUGGUGCGAUGGAUGCUGGUAACCUCUUAAAGCCUAUGCUUGGUCGAGGUGAGCUGCGAUGUAUUGGUGCAACAACAUUAGAUGAAUACCGAAAAUAUAUCGAGAAAGAUCCAGCUCUAGAGCGCCGUUUCCAGCAAGUUUAUGUUGAUCAACCUUCAGUAGAGAACACAAUAUCUAUACUUCGAGGAUUGCGAGAAAGAUAUGAGCUUCAUCAUGGAGUUCGUAUUUCAGAUAGUGCACUUGUGGAAGCUGCAAUUCUAUCGGAUCGUUACAUUAGUGGAAGAUUUUUACCUGACAAAGCUAUCGAUCUAGUUGACGAAGCAGCUGCAAAAUUGAAAAUGGAGAUAACAUCAAAACCUACUAACCUUGAUGAGAUUGAUCGUUCAGUAUUGAAACUUGAGAUGGAGAAGUUAUCUCUUGCAAAUGAUACAGAUAGAGCAUCAAAAGAUAGGCUGAGCCGUCUUGAUGCCGAACUGUCUUUGUUAAAAAAGAAACAAGCUGAGUUAACAGAGCAAUGGGAGCAUGAGAAGACAGUAAUGACCCGUCUUCAAUCAAUUAAGGAAGAGAUCGACAGGGUAAAUCUUGAGAUCCAGCAAGCUGAGCGUGAAUAUGAUCUCAAUCGUGCUGCUGAACUUAAGUAUGGUAGCUUGAACUCUUUGCAACGACAACUUGAAAAUGCUGAGAAAGAGUUGGACGAUUAUUUGAAGUCCGGAAAAUCCAUGUUGAGAGAAGAAGUUACAGGCGAUGAUAUUGCUGAAGUAGUUAGCAAAUGGACGGGCAUUCCUCUUUCCAAGCUUAAACAAUCAGAAAGAGAAAAACUACUACAUUUGGAGGAAGAGCUGCAUAAACGUGUGGUGGGCCAGAAUCCUGCAGUCAAAGCAGUCGCCGAGGCAAUUCAGAGAUCCCGUGCAGGUCUAUCGGACCCUCGACGACCAAUUGCUAGCUUCAUGUUCAUGGGUCCCACUGGUGUUGGAAAAACAGAAUUAGCCAAAGCACUUGCAUCCUAUUUGUUCAACACUGAAGAAGCCCUUGUGCGAAUUGACAUGAGUGAAUAUAUGGAAAAACAUGCAGUUUCUAGGUUGAUUGGUGCACCGCCCGGGUACGUAGGAUACGAGGAAGGGGGACAAUUGACUGAAACAGUUCGUAGGCGUCCGUAUUCAGUUAUUCUCUUUGACGAGAUAGAAAAAGCACAUGCUGAUGUUUUCAAUGUGUUCCUUCAAAUACUAGAUGAUGGGAGGGUAACUGACUCGCAGGGCCGGACAAUUAGUUUCACAAACACAGUCAUCAUUAUGACUUCAAAUGUGGGUUCCCAGUACAUACUCGACACGGACGAUGACUUGCCAAAGGAGGCAGCAUAUGAAACUAUUAAGCAGAGAGUGAUGGAUGCUGCGAGAUCAAUAUUCCGACCUGAGUUCAUGAAUAGGGUUGAUGAAUACAUUGUUUUCCAGCCUUUGGAUAGAGAUCAGAUAAAUAGAAUUGUCAGAUUACAGCUGGAAAGAGUGCAGCAGAGAGUUGCAGAUCGAAAGAUAAAACUGCAGGUGACUGAGGCAGCUAUCGACCUAUUGGGAACUCUCGGAUAUGAUCCCAACUAUGGAGCUAGACCAGUGAAGCGGGUGAUUCAACAGUAUAUUGAAAACGAACUAGCUAAGGGUAUUUUACGAAGCGAAUUCAAGGAAGAUGACAGCGUGUUAAUUGAUACAGAGGUUACGGCAUUUUCUAAUGGGCAACUUCCUCAGCAGAAGUUAGUCUUCAAGAAGGUUGAAAGCAAUGCAACUGCAACUGCAGAAGGCCGAGCUCUUUCUCAGACUCUUUGAUUGCCUUUUAAGUUCUCCAAAAUAUAACUACUUCAUACAAGUUAUAUGAUCUUAGCUGUAUAUUAAAUGAAUGAAAAAUUAUAUUAGCCUCGAGAUAUAUUUUUGCUAA